AUGCUGAAGCAUCUGAGCCGCGUGCGCAUCGAGUUCAACGCGUUCGAUCGGCGGAACGCGGCGGCGCUGGAGUUUUUGGCGCAAUGCAACUCGCAGAAGGCGCGCGAUUCGAACCCUAAGUGCGACGUCGCCGUGAAACGACGCACGGACGAUCAUCCUCCCUUCGUUCAGGUCACGUUCAAUAACGGGAAAGAGGAGACCAUGGACUGCACUCAACUAACUGCGCAGAGCAUCCGCAAGUCCAUCUUGCAGCGCGCGGAGGAGAUGGAGACGGAGCAGAUGUUCAAGGAUGCGGGGCUGCAGUGGCCUGUGGUCAUCCCCGAGCAAGAGGCAGAACUGGCCCGCCGCAUGCAGGGGAAGAGCAGAUGA